UAAAUUUCUUUUUUGUUUAUGAUCCGGAGCUGCACUCCACUAAAUCUUUUUUUGAUACGAUUCAAAGGAAUAAGCAGGAGAAUAAUUUUUUCCAUCUCGUAUUUUAAAGGCACAAUAACUAGAUAAGGCACUGUACAAAAUGCCAAACACUGGCCUGACUCAUCUUUUAUUACCGCUAUUUCGGCUAUGAUGCAAUCGUACUCAUAUUCAUGAAGAUCGUGCAGUAUGGCGAUUAUUUCUGGAAAAAUUCACCACAUCACCCAGAGGAACUGCUUUGUCAAUCUCCCAGCUGGAUGGAUGGCCAAUACACAGCGAACUCUGUCCGGAGAUAUUGUUGUACUGCGAGUCAGUUCCCUCGUGAACAGUGCCAACGAAGUAUUCCUAGGAUGGUCUGGCAACUCGUCGUUCUCCUUUGGCAGUGGAGAACAUUUGGUGGAAAUAGAUGGGAGUUUUGCUGGACUGCAUGGACUGCGGAACGGUGACGAGGUUUACGCGGAGUUUGUUGCGGGUGCGAAUGCGGCAUGUGUGCGAAUUGUUUUGACGCUGGAUGACGCGUCUUCAUGGACGGAAAUUUCAAAGCAUGGAGAAUUCAUUGAACAGCAUCUGUUGGAUGUUAUCAGAGUGGUGUCAUUGGGCAUCAAAUUUCCCAUCUGGCUGCCCAAUUCAUCUACCAAAUCUCACGUUUUUUGCGUGGUGAAAAUGGAACCCGAAAUGCCUUUUACAAUUUUAAUGCCGGAAACCGUUGUUGAGAUCCUUCCGCAUAACAGUGCGAACGGUACCGUUAGCCCUUUCAUCAACAAUUCCACUCCGCCUCGUCCUUUUUCGGCACUCCGCCCGGAACAGGCGUCUUUUCCUUUGACAUCCAUGAUUUGGGAUUUGUUUAUCAAACGGGCCAGUCCCGUGUCUCCGGCAGCGGUGAUUCAACGCGACCAAACAGAGACGACGGAUCAGUCAUCAGAAAUAUUUCGGAAAAAUUUGGAGAUUCCAUUAUUUUCUGAACGGAAAGAGGAGAAAAUUGAGGCUAACAAGGAAUAUUCCGCUCUUCUCCGGGUACAGGAAAUUUUUCCGCUGGAUCGCAUUGCGGAACCUAAUGAAGAAAUGGAAAACGUAGCGCUGGCCUAUUCUUGUGCCUUUGAUCAUGAUAUUGGAUUGCAUUGUGAUCGUAUUGUCAACGGCUCACUGCGCGUUAUUGCGGUUCCACACCCCUCAAGCCAGUCUGAUGCACAAAAAGAAAAACCGGCGCCGUCCUUUGAAAUCUCGAUAAGGUUAAUUUGUGACGACAAUAACGAAGCGGUCAUCAAACGGAAACAUAUCGGAUUAUCUAGACCGUUGAUACAGCGUCUCAGCUUGUUGCGGUUCUCCGUCAUCCUGGUGACGUUUUCUGAAAACUCUCUCAAAGCAGCCGAAGAGGCAGCGUAUUCUGUGGAAGAUGUUUUCACCAAUUCAUUCCGCAAAUAUAGUAUUUCUUUGGCAGCGGCUGUAUUUCCAAAACUUUGUCAGCAUAUUAUCGGUUAUGCCGACUUGGCAUUGUCCUUAACGAAUUUUUCUACACACUUCCAUCCUCCGCAUUAUUUCGUGUUUUCCGGUUUACUACUUCUUGGUGGUAUCGGAACGGGGAAAACCACGAUCAUAAUGGAUAUCGCGGAAAAACUGACAGCUGCUCCGUAUUUUGUCCAUGUGGAAACCAUACAAUGCAAACUAAUUCGCGGGAAACGCCCAGAUACGCUACGGAAAGUAUUGGAAACACUUUUUGAAGAAGCAGUCCAUAAACAGCCAUCGGUACUGCUUUUCGAUGACAUUGAAUAUUUGGCGGCCAACAUUACCAACGACAAUGACACUGAAGUCGAGUACGCGUACCGCGUUGCGCAUAUUUUGGUGGAUAUGCUGAAUUUGCUGCGGCAGCGGCGCGAUCGGGUACUGUUUUUCGGUACCUCGACAUCUCGUGAAGGAGUGAAUGAGUUGCUGGUUAAGCGGGGAUCUAGUUCUGUGUUUCACCGAUUUGUCGAUGUGCCGACAUUACAUGGGGAACAACGCAAGGUCAUGCUUGAGAUGUUGUUCGAAGAUGAAGAUGAUCUUUGCGACGGGGGUGUGGAUUUCGCCAAAAUUUCUGAUAAAACUGAAGGGUUUAUAAUGAGGGAUUUUCGGGUAUUCAUGAAGAAAAUCCGAAACGGCAGUAUUUUGUCCGAUAUUAAAUCGAAAGAUGGGCGUCUUAGCGUUCCGCUUGAAAUCAUUGACUCUGCACUAGAAUCCACGAUUCCUGCAUCCAUGCAGAAGGUAACAACAUCGCGUCAAUUGGACUUAUCGGCCGGAUGGGAGGAUGUAGGGGGCCUACAGUCUGUGAAGGAGACAUUAAAAGAAAUUUUCAUUCACCCUGUAAAAUACCCCACAUUGUAUGCCAAAUGUCCGCUGCGCUUACCGCGUGGUAUCUUACUUCACGGUCUUCCGGGAACAGGAAAGACGUUUGUUGCGGGUGUCACUGCAAAAGAAAUGGGGAUAGGCAUGAUAUAUGUCCGAGGGCCGGAGCUGCUGUCCAAGUACAUAGGCGCGAGUGAAUCGAAGGUACGGGAUGUUUUUGAGCGUGCACGGUCUGCCAAACCCUGUUUAAUACUAUUUGACGAAUUCGAUGCGAUCGCUCCGCGGCGUGGUCAUGAUUCGACGGGCGUCACGGAUCGCGUGGUAAAUCAGUUAUUAACAGAAAUGGAUGGGAUAGAGAGUCUGGAUGGAGUGUUUAUUAUAGCAGCAACUAGCCGACCGGAACUGAUUGAUCCUGCGAUUCUGCGACCCGGAAGAAUUGAUAAAUGCUUGUACUGUCCGUGCCCCACCCGCGGCGAACGGUUGGAGAUCUUGGGGAUUCUGGCUCGAAAAGUGCUUUUGAAUGAUGACGUGGAUCUGAGCGAACUGGCCGAUCAGACCGAUGGUUUUACCGGUGCAGACUUGAAAUCUGUGAUCACCGAUGCUCAGCUGUAUGCCAUUGAGAAGCGUGUUUACCACGACUUGUCUCCGGAAUCGGUAAUGGGCCCUGGGAGUAAUCCUGAUCGGAUGUCCGAAGUAUCCCGUGAUAACACUUCAGAUAACAACAUGAUCAGCGCAAAUGCAUCUCCAUCGAAAAUAAUAGUAAAGGUUGCAAAAGCAGACAUCCUGCAGGCAAUGAAAGAACGGCAACCAUCGGUUUCGGUUGAAGAACGGAUUCGUUACGAAUCUCUAGUGGCCAGUUUACGGAGCAAUGGAGCAUCCGCUUUGCACCGGUUCGCUAAACGUGGAGUUUAUGCCACCCUAGCUUAACGUGAUAAAUUGGUUUAAUAGCUUUUGAAUGAUGAGUUUCUGUGAUGCUGAUUGUGAUCGUCUUUUCUUACUUGGUCUGAUGUUUUAAAAAUCAGUUGUUGCGUUGCCUGGUUGCUUCUAGGCUGCGAAAACUAGUAAAAUAGGAUAACGG